AUGGUUCAGAACAAGGGUCUAAUCUUCAAGAAGGCGCCUGAGGGCUGGCCGGUUCCUGGCCAGGACCUCGCAGUUGAGGCCCGCGAAUUCGACCUCGAGCAGCAGAUUCCCGAAGGCGGUCUCAUCGUCAAGAACUUCUACGCCUCGUUCGAUCCCUAUCAGCGCGGCCGCAUGCGCGCGCCUGAGAAGAAGUCUUACUCUCCUCCCUUCGAGCUUGGCAAGCCCAUUACAAACCGUUCUAUCUUCAAGGUCGUCAAAUCGAAUAACAAGGACUUCAAAGAGGGUGAGGUCCUGAUCACCCUUGGCAUCACACCCAUUGAGGAGUACUCCCUCCUCGAUGCCGACACCGUCAAGACUGUCCGCAAGCUUGAGAACCCCUACAACCUCGACCCCAAGUACUUCCUCGGCCCUCUAGGUAUGCCUGGUCUGACCGCGUGGUCCUCUUUCUACGAGAUUGGCCAGCCCAAGAAGGGCGAGACGAUCUUCAUCUCCGCUGCCUCUGGCGCCGUCGGCCAACUCGUCGGUCAGCUGGCCAAGCACGAGGGCCUGAAGGUCAUUGGCUCCGUCGGAGACGACAAGAAGCUUGACUUCAUCAAGAACGAGCUCAACUUCGACGACGGCUUCAACUACAAGACCGAGAGGCCUGCGGAUGCGCUCGCCCGCCUUGCACCCGACGGCAUCGAUAUCUACUAUGAGAACGUUGGCGGUGAACAGCUCGAGGCUGCCAUCAACGCCAUGAACAACUUCGGUCGCAUCGUCGCCUGCGGCAUGAUCUCGCAAUACAACCUCAAGCCCGAGGAUAGCUACCCCAUCAAGAACUUGAUGCAGGUCGUUGCCAAGCGCUUGACUAUCCGCGGGUUCAUUGUCACCGAUGCGAACAUGGGCCCUAAGCACGCGAAGGAGCACCAGGAAAAGCUGCAGAAGUGGUUGUCUGAGGGUACCUUCAAGGCGACGAUCAGCGUCACUGAGGGUAUCGACAACGCUGUUGAUGGAUUCUUGGGCAUGCUCAAGGGUCACAACUUUGGAAAGGCGGUGUUGCAGAUUGCGGAUCUGGAGAAGGAGCAGUAG